UCCACUUGGCUCUUUCAUCAGAUUUGCUUUUCUGCACAGCAGGGCGGGGAGACCUGAGGGAACUUUAAAACAUGAAGGUCCUCUUUCUGUUCACUGUUCUCUACUGUUUGGUCCAAAUGAACUCAGGGGAUGUUCCACCUGGAAUUAGAAAUAUUAUCUGCCUUAUGCAACAUGGAACCUGCAGACUUUUUUUCUGCCGUUCUGGUGAGAAAAAAUCUGAAAUCUGCUCUGACCCCUGGAAUAGGUGCUGCAUACCACAUUCAGAGGAAGAAAGAAAAUACAGACCAGAGAUGGACGGCGGGUCAAGCACCUAGAACGGCUCCCUGCUCCCCCUGUGAGCAGCAGGGCUGGAGGAGCGAGGCUGGCAGAAGCCCUGAAGAGUCUCCACCACGAAUGUUCACCUGCCACCCCCUGCCCGUCAGACACGGAAUCUUAGGCCAAAAAGGGCCCCGAAAGGUCAUUUAACAAAACCACCUGCUGUCCCCACCCCCACAAAGGCAAUACAGUGUCAUGGACUCUUCACCUGAUCUUAGCCAAAAGGCCGAGAAGCAAUCAUGGAAAGACUCUUGAGCAAGGAAUCAAAACCCCCGAAUUCUAGUCCUGUAACUCAUCCCUGUCACGCUCUUCAUUAGUGAUGUGGUCAUACGUUUGUAUCCGCUGAUCUCAAACGCGUCAUUAAACUUUUGUUAUUU